UGCGUAUCUCUCCAUCUGCCGCGGGUGAUGAAGACGAGCUGUUGCUCGUUUUCUUGGAUGCAGUGCAGCUUGUUGUCACAGCCAGUGAGCAUGUCAAAGUUUGGUGAAAACCAUCAAUUGUGGGGGGGCCUGAGACGUGUUGAGCUGAGAAAGAUCGGAACACCUUUUUCUCGACCCGACAAGAGAAGAAAAAGACCCUGCGGUCGAUCCUCCUCAUCCUUCGCUUCCACACCGUGCCGGAUUUUCGUAUCUCGACUUUUUGGUACCCGCAAAAAGAAUCGUUGAUCAACGUGAUUUCGGCAGACGUAGAGCCACUUUUUGUAUAUAUAUGAGGACCCCUCCAUCUUAUCAAUCUUCAUCUUUGUGUUCCCGCCCCGUCUUUAUAUUUUUAAUGUUCAAUUGAGCCCAUCCGACAAUAUGGGUUUCUUGAGCGCCCUCGACCGACCCUACAUAAACCCUUUUUAUCAUUCUCAAGAGGAUGAAGAGCCCGAUGACGUCGUCAAGGAGGAGAGCGGAUUGACUUCGUCAAGCAGCCCGAGUGAUCACUCACCCCCAUACCAGGAAGCCUAUGGACAUAUGAAAACCCCCGUGCCUGGAUCUGGAGCUGCGUAUGCUGGUGAACAAGUCGAUCCGGACUAUCAAGCUGGUGUGCAAAAAGCAGAAGGUGUCACACUUGCUUGGAACAAGAGAGCGCUAUGGAUAACUUACAUCUGGAUCUAUGUCGUGUAUUUCGAAAUCGCUCUCAUGAGUACAAUCACUGGUUACCUCGGAAAUUAUGCCAACGCAGACUUUAGCACAUCACAGCUACUGUCAGUCAGUUCUGUGAUGAGCUCCAUCAUUGGCGGUGUAUUGCGUCUACCGACUGCCAAAAUCAUCGAUAUCUGGGGUCGUGCCGAAGGUUUCUUUGUCAUGAUGUGUAUCUGUAUUAUCGGAUUGAUCAUCUUCGCCGCUUCGAAUAACGUUCAGACUUACGCCGCCGCCUCAGUCAUCUACUACAUUGGUUACGAUGGCAUGUACUAUGUCAUGACUGUUUUCAUCGCCGACACGACCAGACUGAAGCACCGUAUCCUCAUGCUGGCCAUCUCGCAAACGCCUUUCAUCUGCACAGCUUUCACCACACCUUAUGCAGUCUCAAGCUUCGUCAGCGGAGCUGGCUGGAGAUGGGGAUAUGGCACCUUUGCCAUUGUUACACCGGUGGCUUGCCUUCCUCUUUGCGGUAUUUUCCUCUACUACCAACGAAAGGCCGAAAAGAUGGGCCUUUACAAGCGCACAGAAUCCCCUGUUCGUGGCUGGUACCAAACCGUUGUGCACUACUGGAUUGAAUUCGACAUGGUCGGUGUCUUCUUGCUCUGUGCAGGAUUCGUCCUCUUCCUACUGCCUUUCUCCCUUGCUACCUCUGUUGCUGGACAGUGGAAGAGUGCUAGCAUCAUCUCUAUGCUGGUCAUCGGAUUCGUUAUUUUGUGUCUGUUUCCAGUAUGGGAGCGCUUCGGUGCCAGCAAGCCUUUCCUGCCCUGGGACAAGCUCAAGGAUCGCACUGUCUUUGGUUCGGUGCUUUGCAUCUCCAGUCUGUACGCUGCUUUCUACUGCUGGAACCUUUAUUACUACACCUUUAACCAGGUUGUCCUCGGUCUUGGCACUCGCGAUGCCACAUACAUGGGCGAGAUCUACACCGUAGGCUCUUGCUUCUUCGGUGUGAUCACAGGUCUCCUCGUCAAAUGGACUAAGCGCUACAAGUGGAUUGCUCUCGCAUCUGUACCUCUCUACAUCAUGGGAACGGGUCUUUUGAUCCACUUCAGACAACCAGGAACUGCUGUCGGUUACGUCGUCAUGUGCCAGAUCUUCAUCGCCUUUGCCGGCGGAACUCUGGUCCCGUGCCAUCAAGUCGCAGCUCUCGCCGCCGGCACCCACGGCGAAUUCGCCACCACCCUCGCCCUCCUCUACCUCGCCUCCUCCGUCGGCGGCGCCAUCGGUGACUCCAUCGCCGGAGGCAUCUGGACGAAUGUCUACCCUGGCGAACUCGCCAAACGCCUCCCUGCCGAUGUUGCGACAUCGGUGUACACGAGUUACACCAAUGCUCUUACCUACCCUGUUGGCAGCGAGACCAGAGAUGCCAUUGGAGUUGCUUUCGGCAUCGCGCAGAGGGAUAUGUGCAUUGCGGCUAGUUCAAUCACAGCUCUGACGUUCAUCGCCGUGUGGAUCUGGCGUGAUAUCAAUCUUGCGAAUAAAAAGCAGAUUAAGGGUGUUGUUGUGUAAAAAGACACAAGCUCUGAAUUGCAAUGGAGCCGGGCUCAUUUUCGAAGUCGAAGAAGAUCGGCAUGUAUAUCAUGAUACCUUGCUUAUAUGGCUCAUUGCUACAUCAUCACCUAACAUCCGCUCGCUAUACAUCUAGAGAGAAAAACCACAGAGCCACAAAAGUUGUCAUUUUUAUC